AUGUCAGACGAAGACACUCUAAGAUUACCAGCCGAUCCCCUACCAGAUGGAUGUAUCUUGAGGCUGUACAGUAUGAGAAUGUGUCCCUACGCCCAGAGAGCACGAUUAGUUUUAUCAGCUAAAAAUAUAAAAUACGACAGAAUCAACAUAGAUCUGAAUAAUAAACCCAAUUGGUUCUUUGAUAUCAACCCGAAUGGUGAGGUUCCGGUCAUUAUACACAAUGGGCAGAAUAUCUACCAGUCUCUUAUUUGUGCAGAAUAUGUAGAAGAAGCUUUCCCCACCCCACAACUAUACACAACUGACCCCGUCAGUCGAGCCUGGGAGAAGAUUUAUUAUAACCACUGGAACUCAAAGGGUAACCCCGCCUUCUACAGUCUGAUGUUAACGGGAUGUUUGGACCCUGUACAGAGUAAACGUUUAACGGAGGUACUGGAGGUAAUGGAAGGGUUUCUGAAGGUCUCUGGUAAACCCUACUACAGUGGUGAUAGGAUCGGAUUCGCCGACUAUAUGACCUGGCCGUGGUUUGAACGAAUGCCUAUGAUGGGAGAAAUCACAGGGUAUGAAAUGAAGAAAGAGGAAUUCCCGCUACUGACAGCCUGGGUUGACAGAAUGUGGAAAGAUCCAGCAGUGUUAGACUGUAAGAUAGAUAAACAGUUGUUCGUGGACCAUUAUUCUAAAUAUAGAACGGGGAAACCCGAUUUCACCAUUGGAGCUAAGAAAAGUAAAGUUAUUGACGAACCGCUGGAGAAUCUAGAUGGUUUGAGAGAUCCUUCAACUAGGUUCAGAAAAACUGAAAAUUCUACUUAA